AUGGAAAAAUGGAACUACCACGAAUUGAAAAUACAAUGCUUUAUUAAACACUGUUACAUUUUUUUUCUAAAACACAGCAAUUUCGUAUUCCAGGACCAUGGUCAAGACUUGAGGAAGAGACCGCUGAUACCAAUCAACCUCGAAGAAGACGAUGUAUUCAGAAAAAGUAAAAGAAGCGAUUGCCCUCUGAACAAAGAAGAAUUAGGGAACAGAACAUGGUCGUUUUUACACACUAUGGCUGCCCAUUUCCCGGAAAAACCAACGCCGGAAGAUCAACGUGAUAUGGUGCAGUUCUUUAGAAUACUGUGUCGCUUUUAUCCUUGUCGAAGCUGUGCCGAAAGUUUCUCCAAGUUAUGCGCGGAACGACCACCUGAGGCUGGUUCGCAGAAGGAAUUAAUCGAAUGGUUAUGCUGGGCUCAUAAUCAAGUUAAUAAUAAAUUAAAUAAACCCUCUUUUGAUUGUAAGUUGGUCGAUGAUCGAUGGAAGUAUGGGUGGAAAGAUGGAUCUUGCGAGUAAUUUUAUUAAAUCAUUUUGUUUACAAUAUUACUUGUAGUAAAUAAGUGUUCGAUUAAGAAAAAUACGAUAGUUGAUACAUGUAUAUAUUUAAAAAUUCGAAUUUAAACGCAAUUUAUUUAGAAUAUUAUCGGUCAUAGAAGUCAAUACGACCGGGACUUGUAUAACAUCUUCGCCCCAAUACAUCGAUUACUUUUUUAACA